AAGAGCUUGAAGUACUUUUGGAUGAUGAUGAAGAGCUUCAAGCUAUAGAUCCUCAGGCAGAAGGGGCGGAAGGUGUGAGCAGGUCUCAAACUUUGGGGUUGCCUGCCUGUGCUAGUGGUUUUGGAUACGUAUCAAAUAAGCAGAAAAAGAAGAAACAAGUGGUAAGCCAAUCGGGUCCGAAAUGAAAGGGUAAAAUAGACAGGGAGACAGUAUCUGAUCGUCCCAAAGUUAAGAAACCUAAAGUUUUUGAGGGAAUAAGGUUGUCUGAGCCAUCUGGUGGAACUUAUAGGCUUCGCAGCGAUGGCCAAAGUACUUCUGGUUAUGGUAUGGGGAAAAGUAGGGCUUCCCUGGUCAAGGUAUUUGGUUCUAAAGCAGAGAGGACGCUCCCUGGCGAGCUUUCAGAUGGAGAAAGGGAGAAAGAGGAAGAAGAAGACGAGGGAGAAGAGGAAGAAGAAGGGGAGAGUGCCACGGGAGGAUACUAUGCUCCUGAUUUCAAAGUUGAUGAGCUUCCCGCCAUUCCUUCUGUUAAAGAUUAGGAGCCUCCGGAAAUCCCAGAUGUAGAUGGUCCUUUUACUUUGACGCUUCCUGGGGUUCCUUAUAAGAGUGGUCUGCUCGAGAGGAGUGAGAGGGCGGCUUAUGUUUCAGGCGUGGUGAUGCCUUCUCGCCGUAAGGAGAUGGCUGGUCGCACUACCGAUUCCUUCCACGAUCACGGUCGUGAGAUAGCUAUUCAAUAUAUGUCUUGGCAGGAUGAUAAUUUUCGCAGGUGGACGAUUAUGGAAAAGAGCCUGAGUGAAACAAGGAAACAGGUGACAAUGCUAAAGCGCCAGUGUCGCAGAUAUGAGGAUAGAAAUGGCACCUUUGCAUUCGGACACCAGGUUGAAGAUCUUAAGACCGAAUUUCAGAUUGAAAAACAAAGGAACGAUAUGGUGGAUGCAGAGUUAGACCGUGAAAGGGGCAAGAUAUGGGAUUUGGUGAAGUUGGCGGAAGACUGGAAAGAAAAACAUGAUAACAGUCAAAAGAAAAUUGAGGAGUUGAUGUUGGAGUUUAGUGAGAAAGAGAAGUGUUAUCUUAAUGAGGUUCGUGAAUUAAAAGAGAAAGUAGGCAAGCUUGCUGGUGAGAAACGGGCUGUGUUGGAGGCUGUUCCAGAGUUUGUCCGGAAACUUCAUUCGAGCCUUGAAUUCAAUUUGGCCAUGGCUGAGGUUCAAAAGUUUGUUGUCCGUUUGGGUGCUCACUGUAACCUUGAGAAGUUACAUGCUAGGAAUUCCAAGUUGGACAUUACUAAGUUUGAAGGGUACAAUCCAGGUAUUAUAUCUGAGCUUCAGAAUGCGGGGGAAAAGUUUCGAAAGAAGACUUAUGCCUAUCUUACUCAACUAGCAUCUAGUUCGGGACUCUCGGCAGAAGACUUAUUGAAGAUUCCGGCUCCAGAGGCUACCCCUACUUCGUUUUCAGCUCCAGCUCCAUCUACUUCUUAGGCUUUUCGCUUUCUAUAGCUAUGUCGCCUCUGUUGGCUUUAGAUGUAUUUCCUUUUAAUCUGUAUGUUGCCUCUGUUGGUUUUAGACAUUUCCUUUAUGUUUGUAUGUUGCCUCUGUUGGCCUUAGACAUUUGUUGGCCUUAGCCAUUUCCUUUUGUGUACGCUUCAUGCUAACUUUGUGUUGAACACUUUUUAUGUUGC